AUGGUGCUAGGCGAGCUCGGGUCCAAGCUCCAGGGCGCGCUGGCCAAGCUCAACCGGUCCAUGGUCGUGGACGACGAGGUGUUCAACGCGCUGCUCAAGGAGAUCAGCGGCGCGCUGCUCGAGUCCGACGUCCAAGUCCGUCUCGUGCGUCAACUCCGGGACAAUGUCAAGCUGGCUGUGAACCUCCAGGACACGAGCUCGGGCGUGAACCGCCGUCGUCUGAUCCAGAAGUCACUCGUGGACCAGCUCGUGCUCAUGUUGCAGCCGGAGGCGCUGCCUUACAAGAUGAAGAAAGGCCAGAGCAAUGUGAUUAUGUUUGUGGGUCUCCAGGGCAGUGGCAAGACCACGAGCAUUGCCAAGUUUGCUCAUUAUUACCAGCGGAAAGGCUGGAAAACGUGCAUGGUGUGUGCCGAUACGUUCCGUGCCGGUGCUUUCGACCAGCUCAAGCAGAACUCGACGAAGCUGCGGAUCCCGUUUUAUGGGAGUUAUACGGAAGCGGAUCCUGUACGGAUUGCCGAAGAAGGUGUCGCGCAGUUUCGAGCCGAGAACUAUGAGAUUAUUCUGGUGGAUACGAGCGGUCGUCAUAAGCAGGAAGCAGAUUUGUUUGCCGAAAUGAAGGAGGUUUCGACGGCUGUCCAGCCGGAUGAUAUCGUGUUUGUCAUGGACUCGACGAUCGGGCAAGCAGUGUUUGAUCAAGCUAGUGCUUUCCGUGAGACGGUGCAAGUAGGCAGUGUGAUCAUUACGAAGUUGGAUGGUCAUGCAAAAGGUGGAGGUGCGCUUAGUGCCGUAGCAGCGACGGGGUCUCCGGUUAUAUUCUAUGGUACGGGCGAACAUUUCGUGGACUUUGAGGCGUUUAACGCCCACAGUUUUGUGAGUCGGCUUAUGGGAAUGGGCGACAUUCGGGGCCUGAUGGAGGAAGUGAAGACGAGCGGCAUGCUUGACAACCAGGAGGAAAUGGUCGAGAAGUUUCAGAAGGGUGUGUUUACGCUGCGGGACAUGUACAAGCAAUUCCAGAGCGUCAUGAAGAUUGGUCCAUUGAGUAAAGUCAUGGCGAUGAUCCCGGGAUUGCCUCAGGGCAUGAGCGAGAUGAUGAACACGGGUGGAGGUGAGGAAGAAGCUUCAAAACGACUGCGGCGGUUCCUCUUUAUGAUGGACAGUAUGACGGAUGCUGAGCUGGAUGGCGUCGUCCCGCUUUCGGACUCGCGCCAGAUGCGUGUUGCGCGUGGCUCGGGUUGCCAGCUUGUAGAGGUGGGGUUCCUGCUGAAAUGCCACAAGCAGUUUGCAGCUGUGGUGAGUCGCAUGGGCAAGAGCAGCCUCAUGAAGACAGGGGACGCCGCGCUUGGAAAGCAGAUGACUCGCAACCCGAAUGUGGUGAUGCAGCAGCUGUCGAAGGUCAUUGACCCCAAGGUGCUGGCGCAAAUGGGUGGGCCGCAGAACUUGGUACGGGUGAUGAAGCAGAUGCAAGGCAUGGAUCCCGGUGCAAUGGCUAAAAUGGCCCAGGGCAUGGGUAUGGAGAUGCCGUUUUAG